GUCUUGACAAAAAUUAUUUAUUAUUGUCAAUGGUUGUCCCAACAACGCUGAAUAACAACAAAACUGUAAACAAAACUUGACAAUUUCCACUGUCGUAAAAAUGAACUUGUGGUACUUUGUCCUGUUAUUAUCAUCGUCUUGUGUCCAACUGUCCUCAACAGACCCCUCAAGUAAGGGUUUCAAACUUGCAAAAGGAAUUCACCCUUACGUUGUUCUAAUCGUUGAUGUGACUUCAGAAGACCCUAUUGAACGAUUUCUAGCAUCAGGAACAAUAUUAAAUGCACAAUGGGUCCUCUCAGUAGCUGAGCCCUUCAAAGACAAAAACGCAUCAGAUUUGGCAAUAUUUGGAGGAUCACAAGUGUUUACCGACAUCAAUUAUGAUCAAAUGAAUUAUACUGUACAAAAUUACACCAUACAAACUGACCCUCCGAAACCUGGAUUCGAACUGAUCUUGCUGCAAACUACAUACUUCAUGUAUUUCCAUAAUUAUUUCUGGCCGGUUGUUUACGGUUUCAAGCGGGUAUUGAAUCGUUACUUGCAUUGUGAAUUGGUUUCUUGGUACUUGACCACUGACAAAUGGGUCAAAUCACGAGUAUUUCUCUAUCCGCAAAAAAACUCAGAUAAGUGUAAGGCCGACGAAGAGUAUGAAUUUUGCAUUGAAGUCAUGUCUGAUCGGAAAGAACAGUUAAAUCCAUGUGCGUCUAAAAUCAAUCUGGGGAUUCCCCUAAUGUGUGAUAUUGCAAUGGAGGGCGUUUUUCUGGGUGUGGGGGAUGGUGGGUGCGAUAAAAUCGCUCAGAAUAAAGCCUAUCUUUUUAAUAAGGAUCCGAAUAUUGCCAAGUUCUUGUAUGAGGUGCAGGCCGAUAAUACUGCGUAUGAAUCAGGUGUUAAAGACAAAACCGAUAGUGAAUAACGCAAGAUUUAGUUAUAAAAUAUUUAACAAUGUAAAAAUAAACUU